UCCCAGUGCAAAGUCAACAGAACACACAGCAAACGUACAACAAUUAUUAACAUUCGCGCGGGGCCCUCAUGAGGCGGCGGAGUCAGUCAGCGGAGCAGCGGAGCUCCGGGAGCAGCCUCAUGGCUCUCUACCACAGCCGCCUGCCGGCGCUCGGCGUGCCGCCCGCCGCCCUCGGCCUCUCCGCGCCCCCGCUCAUCUACCUGUACGGCGGGGGGGACGCCGCCGCCGCCUCCGCCGCCGCCGCCCUGGGCCUGGUGCCGGCGGCGCGCCACGAGCCGCCGCAGAAGCCGCCCUACAGCUACAUCGCGCUCAUCGCCAUGGCCAUCAAGAGCGCGCCGGAGCAGCGCGCCACGCUCAGCGGCAUCUACCAGUUCAUCAUGGACCGCUUCCCCUUCUACCACGACAACAAGCAGGGCUGGCAGAACUCCAUCCGCCACAACCUGUCCCUCAACGACUGCUUCAUCAAGGUGCCGCGCGAGAAGGGCCGGCCCGGCAAGGGCAGCUACUGGACGCUGGACACCAACUGCCUGGACAUGUUCGAGAACGGGAACUACCGGCGCCGGAAGAGGAAGACCAAGAGCCAGCAGGACGGGCCGGAGUCCAGGAGCGCCGGGCACAAGCGCGCCAAGGGUCCGGGACCGUCCAGGGACCCGCACGCCUCUCAGAGACCCGGACCGGGACUGGCGGAGCCGCGCGUCCUGCACGGCGCAGAGCAGCACCGAGAUCCAGCCGGUCACAGACUCCUAGACCCCCCCGGACCCGCCGGGGGGAGGCUCCACGCCCCGCAGCACGAGCCGGGAGCCGAGUCCAGGCGCGCUGGAUGCAGGCUGGAUUUUGCGCACGUCCCGGGCGCGCCGGAGGAGGAGGAGGAGGAGAGACGGGAGCGCGGGGAGCGCGGACCGCUCUGCGCCGUCAGCUGCGCAGGAAACACGAACUUGGAGAGGCCGAAAGGAGCCGUUCCGAGCCGGGACAAGGCCAAAGGUUUCACCAUCGAGAGCAUCCUAUCGAAAGGGGAGGACGAGGCGCGCGGCUGCGUCCAUGGCGCGCCCGCGGAGACGCGCAGUCCGGCUCUCGGUCCGUCCGUGGUGCUCGGCGCGCGCCAGCAUCACCUGUACCAGAUGGGGUUCCCCUUCUGCUCCUACCUGUCGCUCAGCUACCCGGACAAAGUGCUGCACUUCAAGUGAGCCUCGAGCAGACUUCACACCCCGAACCCUUCAUCCUCCUCAUCUUCACCAACAGACCGUCAGUGGCACCGGGCCGUCUUUACGCGCGCGUAAUUGUCCGAUUUGCGGUUGUUUUUUUCCAUUUCCCCCCAGAACUGUCAG